AAUAGCAGUUCUGCAGCAGAUAGUGUAGGGGAAAGAGACUGGGACAUGCAUAUGCAGCUAACUAAGGAAGGCUACAUGCUGGACUGUAACAGGGAGGAAACAAUAAAUCUUAGCUACUAUGCAAUAAAUAUUUCUAAUUUUAACUAAGGAAGCUAUCAUUAUAGUGAAAUAAAAACCAUUUUAGCCAAAGCUGAUAUUUAAAUACUCUUCUCCAAUUCUCUUUCCAAAGAUUUUUUUUUCUAUAAAAUAAAGAGCAAAUUAAAAGACAGAGGAGGCAAAAGUUUCUAUAAGAGCAGGAAAGGAAAGUAGUAAUAACAUGACAAUUUUUCUUUCUUUUGCUUUCCUGGCUGCUCUUCUGGCUCACAUAGGAUGCAGUAACCAGCGCCGGGGUCCAGAAACCACUGGUAGAAGAUACAACCGGAUUCAGCAUGGGCAGUGCACCUAUACUUUCAUUCUUCCAGAACAAGACGGGAACUGUCGUGAAAGCACGACAGACCAAUACAACACAAAUGCUCUUCAGAGAGAUGCUCCUCACGUGGAACAGGAUUUCUCUUCCCAGAAACUGCAACAUCUGGAACAUGUGAUGGAAAAUUACACACAGUGGCUGCAAAAACUCGAGAACUACAUUGUGGAAAAUAUGAAGUCGGAGAUGGCCCAGAUACAGCAGAGUGCAGUUCAGAACCACACAGCCACCAUGCUUGAGAUAGGAACCAGUCUCCUAAGUCAGACGGCAGAGCAGACGAGAAAACUCACAGAUGUUGAAACCCAGGUACUAAAUCAAACAUCCCGUCUUGAAAUUCAGCUGCUGGAAAAUUCAUUAUCUACUUACAAGCUGGAAAAACAACUUCUGCAGCAGACACAUGAAAUACUGAAAAUUCAUGAGAAAAACAGUUUACUUGAGCAUAAAAUAUUAGAAAUGGAAGAAAGGCAUAAAGAAGAGUUGGAUACUUUGAAGGAGGAAAAAGAGAACCUUCAAGGCUUAGUCUCACGCCAAAGUUACAUAAUCCAGGAGCUAGAGAAGCAGCUAAACAAGGCAACUAACAACAACAGUGUCCUGCAGAAACAACAGCUGGAAUUGAUGGACACAGUUCACAGUCUGGUCAAUCUUUGUUCCAAAGAAGGAGUUUUACUAAAGAAUGCAAAAAGAGAGGAGGACAAGCCAUUCAGAGACUGUGCAGAUGUGUACCAAGCUGGCUUUAACAAAAGUGGGGUCUACACUAUUUAUAUUAAUAAUGUAUCAGAGCCUAAAAAGGUCUUUUGUAAUAUGGAGAUCACAGGAGGAGGAUGGACACUUAUACAACACCGAGAAGAUGGGAGUCUGGAUUUUCAAAAAAACUGGAAAGAAUACAAAAUGGGUUUUGGUAGCCCAUCUGGUGAACAUUGGCUGGGAAAUGAGUUUAUCUUUGCAAUAACCAGUCAGCGGCAGUAUUCUCUAAGAAUUGAGUUAAUGGACUGGGAAGGAAAUCGGGCAUAUUCACAAUAUGACAGAUUUCAUAUAGGAAAUGAAAAGCAGAAUUACAGGCUAUAUCUAAAAGGACACACAGGAACAGCAGGAAAGCAGAGUAGCCUGAUCUUACAUGGCGCUGAUUUCAGUACUAAAGAUGCCGAUAAUGACAACUGCAUGUGCAAAUGUGCCCUCAUGCUAACAGGAGGCUGGUGGUUUGAUGCGUGCGGCCCUUCCAAUCUGAACGGAAUGUUCUAUACUGCUGGACAAAACCAUGGAAAACUAAACGGGAUAAAGUGGCACUACUUCAAAGGCCCCAGCUAUUCCUUACAUUCAACAACUAUGAUGAUUCGGCCCUUAGACUUUUAAAUGCACUCAGCAGCGGACACAAGAACAAAACACAAUAUCACUCUUAUCUGAAGAACUUCUUGUAUAACCUUCAGAUGUAAAAGGCUGGGGGCUUCAUGAAAGCAACAAGCAGGAGCUACACAAAGUUGCUACACUACCACUUCAUAGCCUGCAAAAACUCUACACAAGUCAGCCCAUAUGCUGAUGACAUUGGGACGGCUUGGCCUAUGAGAAAGCGGCUGUAAUGAUUUUCCAGUGGAGGAGAACAAGUGAACUUUGUGUUCCUGUUACUGUGACUGAAUCUAGUGUCUGUUGGCAGAUGUCUUUUCUUUUGUGUAAAAAAUGCAAAAAUAUACUGGAUAAUACUGAAGAACAGAAGCAAAUCUACCAUAAUCUAUUGAGAAGAAUAGCUUUCAGCAGUGAAAUGGCAUCACAUCUAUGCAAAAGUAUUACAGAUAAGCUUUUAUUAAUGCACAUCUUAAACUAUCCAAAAUGACCACUUCAAUCAUUGUCUUUCUUAAGUGAACUGAAGUUAGAUGGAUGGAUUUCUCUUAAACCAAGAAUCAAAUAGUGUACGCUAGAGUUAUUUUUCAUUCAGCCCUUUUCAAAUGUAAAACAUGUUCCUGAUAAACAUACUGAGUCACAGUGCAUGAAGAAUGAUAAGGAUAAUGUGCAGAAAAUCGUCAAUUGCUCAGCAAUGUUAGGGCAAAGUAAGUGUAGGUAAUCCAGAUAAUUGGCAUAAUCCUUGAGCCAGGAUUUUUAGCGUGAUAACAAAAGUAACCAUGUUUUUUCCCCUUCAGCUUUUGCCUGCAUUAAAAACAGUGUGAAUGUCACACUGAAAAAUUGGAGGAAAGUUUAAAGAACGUGAAAUAUAUCAUGAAGAAAUAUGUUCUUUUGCAUAUACGAUUUCCUUUCAAAGUACACAGGAAAGCAGACUGUUAGUGUGUAUAAAAAUGGCAUAAACAUGUAGUUUACCUGGAUGGAUUCAUUUUAAAAUAUCUUUGCAUGUGCACACUUUAGCGUUAAUUAUUUUAAAUUGUUAUUAGAUCUUCAUUUCUUCACUAUAUUAUUUCACCUAUUUUGUGAAUAACUGAGGCAAGCCAGCUUUACACUCUGCUUCAGCUAUUACUAUAAAAAGUAUUCAUCACAACAUUAUAGAAAAUAAAGGAAUAAUUAUGAAUUGUAAAUAGCAUGUGUAUAUCUCUACAGUAAGAAUAAUGGCCAUUUAAUUUGUACAUGCUGCCUUGACCCUAUUAAAUGUACAUGAAUGCAAAACUACAACAGGAUAUAAUAUUAAACUAACUCUAGAAAGGUGCUACACAUGUUACUUCCCAUAGCAAUGUGUCAUAUCAAGUAAUUUCUUUUAUACUAAAUAUGUGGCAUGGGUGCAGGGUGAGCUGCACAUUUCAAAUAUUGGAAUAUUUAAGGUGCCUAUAAGAAAAAAGAAAGUUUGUAACAAAGAGGUUGGGUUGCAUCCCACCUUAAAGCUAUUAUACUUUCUAUUUAAAAACCUGUGUUGACAUAAUCUGAUGGGGAAAUCAAUUUUGGAAAUUAGUCUCUACAUUCAAUUCCUGCUUUGAGAAAAAUAAAGAGGCUGAUCCCACUCCAAUUGAACUCAAAUGUAAAAUGUCCAUUGAUUGAAAUGGGAACAAGAUCAGACUCAUUCAACAUAUGGGGCUGGGGUUGUUUGUUUUUGUUUUAUUUAAAAAAAAAGCUAUUGUUGAAAUCAGGCAAAACAACAAUCUAUUGGUUGUGGGGUUUAGUUUUGUUUUUUAUAGAUUUUUUUAAGGCAACAUGAAAGAACAAGGAACACCACAGGAUUCUUUUGUAAUUUUGAUAGCUCAAAGUUUUCCAAGUAGGAAGGGCUUUGUUUUUAUGCAUCUGUAUGGUUUUUUAAAAUAAUCCUGCCCAAGGGAUUAAUUUGUUGUGUUCUGUGGGUUAAAUUACCCAACUAUUUUUUGCUCAGCAGUUCUCCAUAGUGCUGCUUUGUCUCUGUUUCCAGCAGUCUUCGCAUUGUGUGCAGUCAUCAUUUGGGUGCAAAAACUGUGGUCUGCCUUCCUCUGUGUUCUCACGUGAUUUUUUUUUUUCCAGGUCUCUGAGUUAGGAAUGCCAUUUUGUAGAUACUGUUGCAAAAGACAAAACACAUAAAAAAAAACCCCAAGAGCAUGAUAUAUACUGUUUAUUUAUCUGGGUUUGAAAAAAAAAACGGGGACAUGGGUUCCUAUCCUUUAUAAUAAAACAUUUUAAAAAUAUUUGCUGACUCUGUCCUUUGCUUUGUUUUGAGCAUGCAUUUUUGUGGCAGAAUGUUAUGUUGUUUAACAUAAUGACAUCUCUCCCUCUCAAUAAUGUUCAAAUGUUCAGACUGCUCUUAUGCAGGGACCCUCACUAGUUUUGUGCAUAAAUGAAUAUCUUCUUACCUUUAAUAUAUGUAUCUGGGUUUUAUUUUACUCAUUUUUCUUGGUUGAAAUAAUCAGGUUAUAUUUCACGUUCUUAGUCUGACAAAUACAACUUGCUUUCAAUUUUUGUUUAAUCUCUCACAUUCCACUGGCCAAAAUACAAAUUAAAGUGCACUGGUUGUUUCUCUU